CAGCAACAAAACACACACAGCACAGCUCACAGUCUCCUGAGCAGUGACUCAUGUCGGCAUGUUGGGUGUUGCUGGAGGCUUCCUGACCCCUCGGAGCGGGCAGAAGCAGGGAGGCUGACGAAGGUGAUCGGGUGAAGAAAGUGUAAGAAAGAUCCUGAGCAGUCAUGCUUAUCAGACAUGAUACCAGGAGAACAUUUGUCUGUGGAUGGGAGGGAGAAACAGAGCAACCAGGCACCAGGCAAUACGUCUUUAAAAUCAGCCCAGGAAAUCCUUUCUGCGUCUGACCCUGUGAACGGAGGAAAUACCAUCCCUACUGACCUCAUCAGCACCCAGCCUCAGCCUGCUGCAGCUCCACCAGCAGCAGAGGCCUCACAGGAGGCAGCAGUGAUUAAGAAGCCUCGGGGUCACCUCCAGAAGCCCACCUGCCCACGAUGUGGCCUCGCAGUUCCAGACCACAGACUGCCUCCUCACUCCCCGAGCCUCGGCCGGCUGCAGGGCUCCAAACUGUCAGUGCACAGCGGCAGCAGCAGAAGGAGCAGGAGGAGCGGCAGCAGUGUGGCUGGAUCCCACCAAACCGCUGCUACACCUGCUGACUCGUGUUUUCACCUGCUGCUGGCGUGUCUUUCCUGUCAGUGCUCGGUGCUGCUCCUGGGUCUGCUGGAGGCCUGCUCCUCCUGCCUUUACGCCCUCUGCUCGUCCUGCUGCGACGCCUGCGCUCGCUGCUGUUCGGCCAUCCAGGAGGCGCCGGUGGAGGAGCUCAACUGCCACGCACACUGCCACUCGGUUUUGUUCGAGUCCUGCUGCGAGCCAACCGAGUGUCUCGAGUUUUGUCUGGAGUGCUGCGAGAUCUGCCAUCGCAGCUAGGACGUUCUCAAGACAAAUGUCGAGACUCAACAUACAUUAAAACUAAUGCAGAAGUACUACAGUGAUGUUGCAUGAAACCAAAAAUCACCUUGCAGACACUGUGGCCUUCAACAGAACAAACUGUCAUUCUUUGUGAUGAGUAAUACGAUAAAUGACUUUUAUUGCAACCCACAUGUGAAGGGAAUUAUUCCUUAUAUGUCAAAGUACAUUAACAAUAGUUCAACUGGAAGUAGCUAGCCAGUCUCUGUCUAAUAUUAAAGAGGAACUUCAUCAUUUGAACACACCAAGUCUGUUCACAGAUGUUGGAGAAUGGAAAAAAACUUGUAUAAAGACUUCAGAGUUAUGCAAAGUUGUGCCAGUUGAUGGAAAUGGGUGAAGCUUUGAGGUUUGAGGCAACCUUAGCCUCUACUAUCAUUACACGUUUGAGAAACUGACCAAACUGCUGAUGGGUUGAGUGGCAUCGUGGGUAAUGUAGGCUCCUUGACAAAGAGGACAAAUGUGUGAACAUACUCUAGACCAACUUCACAAAGUAUAUACUGUUUCAUGCAGUACGCAUUCAAUGGGGACAUAUUACUUCAUCAUUAUAUUGCACAUUAAACUCUGACAGUUGCA